AUGUCCUUUGCACCUACAGCUGCUCUGAACACCGGCGCGAAGAUCCCUUUGGUUGGCUUGGGAUCCUGGAUGGGCGCGCCCGGUCCGGGCGGCGAGCGCGCGUACGAGAUGUGUCGAAAGGCCAUCGACAUCGGCUACAGACACCUCGACACCGCAGCCGGAUACGCGAACGAAGAGGCCGUCGGCAAAGCGAUCCGCGACUCGGGCAUCCCCCGCUCCGAGUUCUUCGUAACGACCAAGCUCGCGCAGGACCGACACCACACCGUCUCCGCCGCCCUCUCCGAAUCCCUGUCCAAGCUCGGACUCGACUACGUCGACCUCUACCUCAUCCACUGGCCCCAGGCCAUCGUCGACGGCAAGACGCUGCAGCCCGAAGAGCAUCCCACGAUCAACGACACGUGGGCGGAUAUGGAGAGGGUGUACGAGGAGGGCAAGGCGAAGAGUAUCGGCGUUAGCAAUUUCAGCGUCAAGACGCUGGGGCAGCUGGAGAAGACGUGGAAGGUCGUGCCGGCUGUGAACCAGAUCGAGGCGCAUCCGUUUUUGCCGUGGCACGAGCUUGUGCCGUAUUGCCAGGCGAAGGGGAUACACGUUACGGCGUAUUCGCCGCUCGGUCAACCUGGCGGGGCGGAAGGUGUACCGUCUCUCGUGACUAACGAGCUGAUUGCGGAGAUUGCGGAGAAGUAUGGUGUCACGACGGGCCAGAUCUUGCUUAGCUGGAACGUCCAGCGCGGGGUGAGCGUCAUCCCGAAGAGCGAGAAGGAAGAUCGGUUGCGCAAGAACAUCACCAUCGUCAAGCUCGAGGAGAAAGACGUCAAAGCCAUUGACGAGUUGCAUCGCCAGCCCGGGCUGCACCGCUCCCUGCUUGCUUUCAUCCAUAGCGAGGAUGGUGUAUUCGGGUGGACGUAUGAGCAGCUGGGGUGGCCCUACAAGUUCAAUGGCAAGGGACUCAUCGAGAGCGCUUGA